AUGGUGCAGCGAUUCAUUACUGAAGCUAGUGCUGCAGUGACGAACACAGUCGACGUAUACAAGCUCUGCGGUCUUUUCAGCUUCGAGGCUAUUUGUCAAGCUGCAUUCGCAAAAGAUUUCAGUCAGGAUACGAAUACUCAAGCAGCGGUCAAGCUCUUAGAAGCCAUGGAGGGCAGCGCACCUACACUAUUGUUCAACAAUGUGUUUCCGUGGCUCAAAUCAUGUGGCCUAGGGCUGCGACUCCCAGGAUUGGUUGGGGACGCUUACCGAAAAUUCGAUUAUUGGGAACAACAGUCACGUUUGCUUGUGGAUCACUUCCUUGAGAAGUCUGCCUCUAACGAUCAAUACCUCCUCUCGCCUCUUGCGACAGGCGUUGAUACCUUUCUUGGGCGUAGAUUGAACCAUGAGGAGCUUGUGGAAGAAGCAAUGGGAUAUAUGUUUGCCGGUAGUGGUACAACAUCCUCGACCCUGACUUACCUCUUAUAUGCAAUAUCUCUACCUGGGAAUGAGCAUAUUCAAGAGCGACUGCGCCAAGAAUUGAAGAGCUUGUCUACUCACAAUACUGCAGUGCUUCGUCAACUGCCUUACCUGAACGCCGUAAUCAAAGAAACAAUGCGCUUGUUUCCUACAAUAGUUUCCACAAUUCCUCGUGUUCUUCUCGAGCCAUUGAAUAUAGAUACCUAUAUUCUGCCUAAAGGUACCGUCGUUGGAAUGCAGAACUGGUUGCACCACCGGGACUCUAGAGUGUUUUCCCAACCUGAACAGUUCAUCCCAGACCGUUGGCUGGAGAGCUCUGAAGACAUGGAAGGUGCUUUGACGCCAUUUGGCAUCGGCCGGAGGAACUGCAUAGGUCAAAACCUCGCAUGGGAAGAACUUUAUCUGGCAAUUAAUGAGAUCAUGUGUGCAGACUUACAACUAUCUAUUGGGCAAGAAAUGCAGGCCUGGGAAAUGGAGAUAGAAGAUCGAUUCAAUAUCGCACCUCGGGGCCAUAGGCUGAUGCUUAAAAUUGUUAAAUUAUAG